UCAGGGCGGUGCAGGCUUUGCAGUAGACGCCUACCAGGCUGGGUCCUUCUGUAAGAGAACGUAGCACGUGGGGAUAAGCUGCAACCGGCUGGAGGAGCAGGCAUUCUGUCCCCUCAUCAUGCCUACCCUGUAUCUUUCCCCACAUCCUGAUAACUUUCAGAAUCUCUGCGUGCUCAUCGCAGCGCGUUAUGGUCGAGAGGAGCCCAAGGUGGUCAGCCUGCCUCCCAACACAGAGCCGGGGAAUUCUUCCUUCUCCCUGUCCAAGCUCCCAGCUCUGGAAACCCAGGCGGGGGUCUCCGUGUCUGGCUCUGCAGCCGUUUCCUACCUGCUGUCUCCGGAAUCCAUGAGAGGGCAAGGCCUUGAAGCAGGAACCCUGGUGCGGCAGUGGAUCAGUUUUGCCAACCUGGAAAUUGCUCCUGCAGCCUGCGCAGCAGCUUUCUCUGUGCUGGGCAUCUCCAAGCAAAAUAAACAGGUGACAGAUCGUGCUGUUGCUGAGCUUCGGACUCUCCUCAGGGUGCUGGACGGGCACCUGAAGCUGCGGACGUAUUUGGUGGGAGAAGCCGUGUCCUUGGCCGAUGUGACCGUUGUCUGUUCUCUGCUGUUGCCAUAUAAAUAUGUGCUCGAUCACGCUCUCCGUGCUGCUUACACCAACGUGACCCGCUGGUUCCUGACCUGCAUUAACCAGCCGGAGUUCCAGGCUGUUCUUGGUCCAGUGAAGUUGUAUGAGCAGGUGCCAGGAGGGGGUGUCCCAAAAUCUGACCUGAAAGGACCAGUGGAAUGUCCUGAGGCAGAUUCGUCAGAGGCACCACCCAAAAGCGCCUCUCAGCUGAAGAAAGAAGCCAAGAAGAAAGAAAAGCUGGAGAAGUUUCAGCAGAAGAAGGAAAAGAGCCAGCAGCAGCAACAAGGGGAGAAGAAGCCAAAAGCUGAGAAGAAAGAGAAGAAAGAUCUUGGAGUUAUAACCUACACCAUCCCAACCAAGCCAGGGGAGAAAAAAGAUGUGACUGGCUCGAUGCCAGACUCCUACAGCCCCCUGUAUGUUGAAGCAGCCUGGUACCCAUGGUGGGAGAGCCAGGGCUUUUUCAAACCAGAGUAUGGGCGUCGCAGCCUCUCUGAACCGAACCCCAAAGGCCUCUUCAUGAUGUGCAUCCCUCCGCCCAACGUCACAGGAUCCCUCCAUCUUGGCCACGCCCUCACCAACGCCAUCCAGGACUCCUUGACUCGAUGGCACCGGAUGAGAGGAGAAACCACCCUGUGGAACCCUGGCUGUGACCACGCUGGCAUUGCAACGCAAGUGGUGGUGGAGAAGAAGCUUUGGAAGGAGGAAGGGAAGACGCGGCAUGACCUCGGCCGUGAGAAAUUCAUUGAAGCGGUCUGGAAAUGGAAAAAUGAGAAAGGUGAUCGGAUCUACCACCAGCUGAAGAAACUGGGCUCCUCAAUGGACUGGGACAGAGCCUGCUUUACUAUGGACCCAAAACUCUCUAAUGCCGUCCAAGAGGCUUUCAUCCGGCUUCAUGAGGAGGGGGUCAUCUAUCGAAGCAAACGCCUGGUCAACUGGUCGUGCACCCUCAACUCCGCCAUCUCAGACAUCGAGGUGGAUAAGAAAGAGCUAACAGGCCGAACCCUCUUGCCUGUCCCUGGCUACAAAGAGAAGGUUGAGUUUGGGGUGUUGGUCUCCUUUGCGUACAAAAUUGCAGAGUCAGAUGAGGAAGUUGUAGUGGCUACAACCCGUAUCGAGACCAUGCUGGGGGACACAGCAGUGGCAGUCCACCCCCAAGAUCCCCGGUACCAGCAUCUGCAUGGCCAGAGUGCCCUGCACCCCUUCACUGGACGGCUCUUGCCCAUCGUGUGUGAUGACUUUGUAGACAUGGAGUUUGGAACUGGUGCUGUGAAAAUCACACCAGCUCAUGAUCAGAAUGACUAUGAGGUUGGCCUGCGUCACAAGCUUGAUUUCCUCACCAUCAUUGAUGAGGAUGGCCAUCUUGUCAACGUGCCCCCUCCAUUCUUGGGCAUGAAGCGGUUUGAUGCCCGCCGAGCAGUGCUGCAAGCUUUGAAGGAAAAGGGGCUCUUUCGAGAGGUAAAGGACAACCCCAUGGUGGUACCCAUCUGCAGCCGUUCCAAGGAUGUGGUGGAGCCACUGCUGAAGCCCCAGUGGUACGUCCGCUGUGACACAAUGGCCCGCGGAGCAGCCGAAGCAGUGCGCCGGGGGGAUCUGCGCAUCGUGCCGGACUUCCACCUCAAGACCUGGUUCAACUGGAUGGACAAUAUCAGGGAUUGGUGUAUUUCUCGGCAGCUGUGGUGGGGCCAUCGCAUCCCAGCGUAUUUUGUGAUGGUUAAUGACCCUUCAGUGCCACCAGGAGAGGACACUGAUGGUAAAUACUGGGUAAGUGGCCGAAGUGAGCAAGAAGCAAAAGAGAAAGCAGCCAAAAUCUUCAAGGUGACACCGGAUAAAAUCUCUCUCCGGCAAGAUGAGGAUGUCCUGGACACUUGGUUCUCAUCUGGACUGUUCCCUUUCUCCAUCUUUGGCUGGCCAAACCACAGUGAAGAUCUCCAGGUUUUUUACCCUGGGACUCUCCUGGAGACAGGACAUGAUAUUUUGUUCUUCUGGGUGGCCCGCAUGGUCAUGCUGGGCCUUAAACUUACUGGGAAGUUGCCAUUCAGAGAGGUUUACCUUCAUGCAGUUGUUCGGGAUGCGCAUGGCAGGAAGAUGAGCAAAUCGCUGGGAAACGUGAUAGAUCCACUGGACGUCAUUACUGGCAUUACACUGGAGGACCUGCACGCUCAGUUGCUAGAGAGCAAUUUAGACCCAGCUGAGAUAGAGCGAGCAAAGCACGGGCAGAAAUCGGAUUACCCCAGUGGCAUCCCAGAAUGUGGGACAGAUGCACUUCGCUUUGCUCUCUGUGCUUACACUUCUCAAGGCCGGGAUAUAAAUCUAGAUGUGAACCGGAUUCUGGGCUACCGGCACUUCUGCAACAAACUCUGGAAUGCAACUAAAUUUGCCAUCCGUGGCCUUGGGGAUGGAUUUCAGCCACAGCGCAGCCCAGGGCCCACCGGAUCAGAGAGCCUCAUUGAUGCUUGGAUCUUGAGUCGCCUGAGCCAUGCUGUGGAGCUGUGCAACCUUGGCUUCCAGGCCUAUGACUUCCCUGGCAUCACCACAGCAGUGUAUAACUUCUGGCUCUAUGAGCUAUGUGACGUCUACCUGGAGUGCCUAAAGCCUGUGUUUGCUGGUCCAGAUGAGGCCGCGAUCCAGACAGCCCGGAAUGUUCUCUACACCUGUUUGGAUGCUGGGCUUCGUCUUCUCAGCCCUUUCAUGCCAUUUGUCACAGAAGAGCUGUUCCAGCGGCUGCCCCGAAGGUCUCCUUCCUCUGAUCCACCCAGCAUCUGCGUCACCUCUUACCCCAGCACAGAGCAGUGCUGCUGGCGGAACGAGGGCUUGGACCAGACCAUUGACUUCGUGCAGAGCAUCAUUAGAGCGGUCCGCUCACUCCGAGCAGACUACAACCUCACCAAGACCAAAGCUGACUGUUACUUGCAGUGCCUGGACCCUGAGACAGCAGAGGCCGUGACUCGGUGCUCUGAAUACAUCCGCACUCUCUCUUCCUCCAAGGAAGUGCUGGUUCUGGAUCCAGGGCAAGCGCCCCCUUCUGGCUGUGCUGUCGCUAUUGCCUCUGACAAAUGCACUGUCCACCUUCUGCUCAAGGGUUUGAUCGAUGCUGAGAAGGAGGUCUCCAAACUGGCUGGUAAAAAGGCAGAGCUGCAGAAACAAAUCCUGCGAUUGCGUGAGCGUAUGGAUAGCCCAGACUAUGCAGCUAAAGUCCCUGCCAAAGUCCAAGAGGCAGAUGCUGCCAAGCUGAAACAAAGUGAAACUGAAUUGCAAAAGUCAGAUGAAGCCAUUGAGAACUUCAAGAAGAUGAUCUGAAGUUAAAGGGAAGAAACUAUGGGACUGUUAGAAAAUGUUUAUCCUGAGGGGCUGGAGAAGCAACCAUUUAAAGCAAGCCCUUGUUUGAGGAAGGAGGACCUCUUUCUUUUUUUGGCUUUACCUGGUUUAGUCUAUUUUCGGAAGAGACAUUAAAAUUAUUUUGCUGAUUUA